UGCUCCUUUCAUGGUUUCGAACUGAUCGAUCUCUCGCCGAUGGCUGUUAGAGUAUUCGAGGAAUCGGUGAACGACUCGGACCCAAGGGAUCCUAUAGAAUCCUGACAUGCUAUGAUCCGUACCAAAAUCUACAUUUGAAACAGAACGACCUAUUCAUCAUGACCAUGACCGAUACGACCUGUCAUUUCUGCUCAAAAGAUGCUCCAAAGCUCAUCACCUUCGAUUCGGCCGAUCCUCGUCUCAGUGAAUUUCCCCAGUAUCGACUCUGUGUCGACCACAAGUGUUCGAAAUGUGACGAUGUGGUGAUCGAAUCGUUCAACAGGAAAAAGCGAACGAGAAAGGAUCUAUCUGCACUCUGUAUGACUCAUAUUCAACAGCACGAGGAUGAGAAUAGACGGAAAAAGAUAUGCAAGGAUAUGAAGAAGAUGUCGGAUGUCCUCGCAGCAGAUGCGUCCGCGUCAUCGUCACAACUGCAAGUCUCGCUUGCUACCCUCCCCGAAGGACCGCUCGGGCGUCAGGUUCGAAAUUCUCGUCUCUACAUCACGGGUCGUCCUGCCGACGUCUUCGGCAAGACGGUCCAUUUCCAGGCUGGACUGGUUCAGAUGAACUUGAUCUUACCGGAUCACCUCAAGGUCGCGGGAAUGGCCGAGCGGAGGAACGAGAUCGAGGAGCUCGUCGAGAAUGCCACGGGGAAUAGGGUCAAGUUCUGCAAUUCGGGACUGAACCUCGCAAGCAUGUUAUCCUCUUUUUCCGAAAGCGCCGCAAUUCAUCAGACCCUGCCUUCCCGAGCCCGCCCGAUCGAGGAUUAUCUGGACAAGCUGGUGGAUCUCCAACCGGACCCCAGCCUCGUCGAACAAUUUCGUACGGAGCAAACAGCCUGCAUGUCUGAGACUUUUGCCGGGAUCCCCAACCGCAUCUUCCCUUACCCGUUCGACGACCCGGCCUUGGCGGAAGACAUUCGCGUCAAGGCGAUCAUCCAGACGCCCGAGACGCGCAGUUGUCUUCGAGGCAUCCAGAAGGAGAUUGAUCAAUGCGAAGGAUCGACUACCCUGAGCACCGCGGGGCACUUGUACAGAUCUUCCUCGGAAUUCGCACUCGACAUCUUUCUUCUCAGCGGGACCCAGAUCUAUUUCAUCGCACAAGAACGCGUCAUCCUGAUGAACGCCGGAGAUCGUCUUAUUAUCCGCCCAGACACGCCAUUCGCCGUCUACACCAUCGAUCACAGCCUCUCCGUCGAAAGGGCGUUAUUCUCGCCUCAACACUUUCCUCUGCCCACCCUCACGGACAUCGGUUCUCUUCUGACCGUUUACGUCUGCCUCAUGGCGAUUGGAGGUUCGGAAGCUACGGAAACAUACAUGAAUGACAUCGAGAGUCUGUUACCGGAAGGGACCUUAACGGAAGAUACCCCGAAUCACAAGAUCGCUCAGGCCACGAUCGACCUGUACCAGCUGUGGGACGGCCAAAGGAAAUCGAAGCCGGAGAAGUAAAGCUGCAUGCCGUUCGAGCCUUCUCUUUUACGUAUCAGAAUCGGAUUCACGUCUCGCAUGUCGCACGUCUUGCCGUACAAGCUUUGUAUCUAUAUAAACCGGUUGCAAGGAAGCCCAUGCAGUAAUUUCGAGUCUGAGCCCUCACAGAAGUAUCAG